UAAAGUGUUUGGACGACAUUUUGUGAUUUCUAUCCACCAUAUAACCAUAUUACGAUGGCAGCUAUACCAGAACAAACGCUGAUUAAUGGGUAUAAGAUACCAUGUGUUGGACUUGGUACCUGGAUGUCUAAACCAGGACAAACAAGUAUCGGAGAAGCUGUGAAAACCGCAAUAAAGCUGGGAUACCGACAUUUCGAUUGUGCGUUAAUCUAUGAAAAUGAGCAGGAGAUAGGAAAGGCAAUUAAAGAAUGUAUUGAUAACGGAGUUGUCAAACGGGAGGACCUGUUCAUCACUUCUAAAUUAUGGAACACCUACCACAGCAAGGCGCGAGUACCGGAGGGAUGUAAGGAGUCCUUGGCCAGCCUCGGUAUGGACUAUGUUGACUUGUACCUUAUACACUGGCCUUUUCCUAUGCGGGAAAAUGCCGGAUUACUCCCCGUAGCACCAGAUGGCAAGGCUGAUGUUAUCGAUAUAGACUAUACUGAAACAUGGACGGCCAUGCAGGAUUUGGUGGACCAGGGUUUGUGUAGAUCGAUUGGGGUAUCAAACUUCAAUUCAAAACAAAUCCAGAAGAUUAUGGAUCUUGGUUUGAAAUAUCCGAUAACCUGUAACGAGAUCGAAAUAUCUCCCCACAAUUCCAACGAAAAGUUAUUACAAUUCUGUAAAUCCAAAGGCAUUGCUGUAAUUGCUUAUUCCCCACUUGGGUCUGCUGAGCGGCCAUGGGCGAAACCGGACGAUCCAGUAUUACUAGAGGAGCCAGACAUUUUGAAGAUGGCAGCUCGGUAUAACAAAUCUGCUGGUCAGGUUGUACUACGAUGGGGCAUACAAAGAGGCUAUAUCGUCAUACCGAAGAGCGUGUCCGAAUCCAGACAAAAGCAAAACAUUGAACUUUUUGACUUUGCGCUGGAUGAAGACGAAAUGAAUGCCAUCAACAGGGUCAAUAGGAAUUUCCGUGUUUGUACCUGGGCAGAUUUUGAUGCCACGCACAGCCCCUACUAUCCGUUCCAUGAAGAAUUUUAGAAAUUGAGGAAUCAGACAGCAAACGAUGGAACAAUGCUGCACAAAAUAUGUAUACAUAAUGUAUUUUAUAUAUCUUCACUAACGUUUUAAUCAUAUUGUUAUAAGAAUAUUUAUUUAGAUUAUACCUCAAAUUAUACCAUAUAGAAAUAAAAUUUUAUAUUAGACUAACAAUAGCUAUAGCCUCCAAUGUCAAUGUAUGUGUUGAUCAACUGUUUUCACUUCUAAAUUAUAAUCCAACGUAUACAAAUGU